CAGCCGAAAUACGGCGAGCAGAGAGGGUCAAUCUGCGCCGGAGUCUUGGCUUCUGGCCAAAAAGACUGUGGCUACUGGGCAGCGGCAGCUGGCUCUGCCCCUGGGCUGGGCAGUACAAAUUGACAGCGGCCUCGGAGGCUGGGCGCAGUCGGAGCGGAUCCGCUUCUCGAUCCGCCGCUCCGGCCGGCGCCAUGGGGCUUUCGCUGCUGCUGCUGGCCGCGCUACUGCUGGCGGUCCUCUUCAAAGUUUACCUGGGGCUCUUCGCGCGCAGCUCCCCGAACCCCUUCUCUGAGGACGUCAGGCGGCCAGCCGCGCCCCUGGUGACCGACAGGGAGGCCAGGAAGAAGGUUCUCAAGCAAACUUUCUCAGCCAGCCGAGUGCCAGAGAAACUGGAUGUGGUGGUGAUUGGCAGUGGCUUUGGGGGCCUGGCUGCAGCUGCAAUUCUGGCCAAAGCUGGCAAGCGAGUUCUGGUGCUGGAACAACAUACCAAGGCAGGGGGCUGUUGUCAUACCUUUGGACAGGAUGGCCUUGAAUUUGACACAGGAAUCCAUUAUGUUGGGUGCAUGGAGGAGGGCAGCCCUGGCCGUUUUAUACUUGACCAGAUCACUGAGGGGCAGCUGGACUGGGCUGCCUUGUCCUCUCCCUUUGACAUCAUGGUACUAGAAGGGCCCAGUGGCCAAAAGGAGUUCCCCAUGUACAAGGGGAAGAAAGCCUACAUUCAGGGCCUCAAGGAGAAGUUUCCCCAGGAAGAAGCUGCCAUUAACAAGUAUAUGAAGCUGGUUCAGAUGGUGUCCAGAGGAGCCAUUCAUGCCGUCUUGUUGAAGAUCAUCCCUUUGCCUGUGGCUCAGUUCCUCAACAAGUGUGGGCUGCUCACCCGUUUCUCUCCGUUCCUUCGCGCAUCCACGCAGAGCCUGGCUGAGGUCCUGCGGCAGCUGCCGGCCUCCCCGGAGCUCCAGGCAGUGCUCAGCUACAUCUUCCCCACUUACGGUGUGACCCCCAGCCACAGCACCUUUUCCAUGCAUGCUCUGCUGGUUGAGCACUACAUAGAAGGGGCAUUUUAUCCCCGAGGGGGUUCCAGUGAAAUCGCCUUCCACACCAUCCCUGUGAUUCAGCGGGCCGGGGGCGCCGUCCUGACGAGGGCCCCUGUGCAGAGUGUGUUGCUGGACUCAGCUGGGAAAGCCUGUGGUGUCAGUGUGAAGACGAAUCGGGAGCUGGUGAACAUCUGCUGCCCCAUCGUCAUCUCCAGCGCAGGACUGUUCAAUACCUAUAAGUACUUGUUGCCGGAGAAGGCCCGCUGUCUGCCAGGUGUGAAGCAGCAGCUGGAGAUGGUGCGGCCCAGCUUGAGCAUGAUCUCUGUUUUCAUCUGCCUACGAGGCACCAAGAAGGACUUGGGUCUGCAGACCACCAACUACUAUGUUUAUUUUGACACAGACAUGGACAAGGCGAUGGAGCACUAUUACUCUCUGCCCAGGGAAAAGGCCGCAGCACACUUGCCCUUUCUCUUCAUUUCUUCCUCAUCAGCCAAGGACUCGACUUGGGAGGACCGAUUCCCAGACCGGUCCACAAUGAUCGUGUUGAUACCCAGCUCCUAUGCGUGGUUUGAGGAGUGGCGGGAGGAGCCAAAGGGGAAGCGGAGCAGUGACUAUGAGACCCUCAAAAAUUCCUUUGUGGAAGCCUCUCUGUCAGUUGUCAUGAAGCUGUUCCCACAGCUGGAGGGAAAGGUGGACAAGGUGACUGGAGGAUCCCCACUGACCACUCAGUUCUAUCUGGCUGCUCCCCAGGGUGCCUGCUAUGGGGCUGCCCAUGACCUGGCUCGCCUGCAACCUCACGUGAUGGCCUCCCUGAGGGCCCAAAGCCCCAUCCCCAACCUCUACCUGACAGGCCAGGAUAUCUUCACCUGUGGGUUGAUGGGGACCCUGCAAGGGGCCCUGCUGUGCAGCAGCGCCAUCCUGAAGCGGAACCUGUACUCAGACCUUAAGAAGCUUGGCUCAAGGAUCCAGGCACAGAAGAAGAAGAAUUAGCUUGGUCAGGGAUGAGUCAGAGGAAUUUUGCCAGGGCUGUGGCAUAGCCCAACUUACCCAGUGAUAACGUCUUUCUGCAUUAGUUCCUUGCUCACGUGAAGCGCUCUUAAUUUGUUUUUGAUUUGCGAAUACAGGUCUGACACACAAGUCUAGCAUAGAUCAGUUCUUAAACUGUAGCUCUUUCAGCUGAAGCAGGUGAUGAUCUUUCAUACCCUUUAUAACAUACUAUUCUUACUGAAAGGCCCAUGUGGGCUAUGAUUUAGACAGCCAUAAUGUUUCAUUGAGCAGUGCUCUGCACCCCACACCCAUACCUCCUAACUCUGAACAAUCAAACUGAAAGUUCUUUUGGUCAGGUGGUUAGAAGCCCUGAAAGUGUUGGUCAGCUGAAGCAGGUUGGUCCAGCUGUCCCAAGGCUUCUCCUCUCAGUCACUCUUAAUACUGCGCUGCAGGCCUUCUACACCGUUGAGGGAAGAGGGUGCCUAAUGAGGUUUUUAGUCAACACCUGGGCAAGGUGUUGGUCGCAGUUCCACAGGUUUAGAGGCCUCCAGAUCCCAUUUUUGCUGAUUCCAAUGGCUCUUUCAGAGAGUGGGGAAACACCUGUGAUAGGUUCAGUGUGGUCAUGGGGGCUGGGGGUAACGACAAGACAUAUUAGUUAGUGAGGUGUAUGUUAGAAAAUCGUAUCCAGUUUGUAUGCAGCCAGGCCCCUAGGUUCAUCUUCCUUAUGAUUGGGGUGACAUUGGGUUCUCAUCGUGCCAGCAUCAAGAUACUCUCAUGGAGCUCAGUGCCUGAGCCUGAAGGCUUAUUGUCCAAAAAUAUACAGUGAAGGGUGACGUUAGUAGUUAGGGGACAGGACAGGAAAGAUGAGUUCACUGGGGUUGACGCAGGCUGAAAGCAUUCCAGGUCAAGCCUACAGCAGAGGACAAGCACUGAGAGCAAUGUAUCAUGACAAAGGGCCCAGCUACCUCCUAGACCUAGAAUAUGGUGCCCGGUAGGGAGGAAGAGCGGGAUUGGAACAAUGAAAGAACAUGUGCAAAGUCCGGGAAUGGCAUUUCCAGUUUAUUGGUACUUAUAUGGGGACUGCAUGGGAAGGUGAAUGAAGGCCGAAAGGUAAAAAAAAAAAAAAAAAGACCUUUCACUUAUGUUAGGCCUUAUUUCAGUUAAUUUUAAUGCAAUGUUAAUAAAUUUAAUGAUUUUGUGGCUUUAAUAUUUGAAAUUUAUUUUGGUUUCUGUGCAGUGAUACAAAACUUCAUUGAGAUGGCAUUCACAGAAGCUCAGUAAAACAUUACGUACUUAAAAAUACUUAUUAGACCAAAGAAGCUUUAAGAAAAAUUAAGUAGUUAAAUUACAAAAAGCUGAAAAUAUAAAACAUUGCAAAACAGCAGCAAUCUACUAAUUGGGUAAACAAAAAAGAAGGGAAACAAUUUCAACAAUCAAUCAUUUAUUUAACACAACAGACUUCUGAAUUAAGGGAAUAUCUUCCAAGAGUGUGAGGAGGCUGGCUUUGCUAACAGUGUGGGACACUACACAGCCCCCGCAGCUUUACAGAGGAGUUUCUAAGUUGGGACAUUUAGGAAAUUCACAUGCGACUUGUGGAACUAGCUGAGGUGGGAUUCAGGCUUGGCUCUGGAUCUACCGUUAAAUUAAACCUGAAAAUCUCUUCCCAGGAUUCUUACGUAAGCAGGGCAAGACCAAACGCAACGUUCCCAGCAACAGUUUUCAGAAAACAGCUGGCAGAACUGCAGGGUCUGGUGUAGAGCAGACUCUCCUCCCUGUUCCAAUGAUUCAGAACAUGUGCAAAGCGUGCUAGCUUUCAUCACACGUGCAGCAUUAUGUAUCAAGUUACCCUGUAAAAGUAAGGGGCAGGCUUCCUUUUUUGAUUUAAAUGACAUGAAAUGGAGAAGAAAAUGAGAAUCACUAUCAGGGGAAUUUUAGAGGUUUAGGAUUCGAUCACCAAAUAUUUCAUUAAAAGCCAUCAUGGGAAAAGAAAUGCCAGAGUAUAUAUAGCUAGUUGUCAGGCCUUUCUGAGUUGUUCUUAGCCUUUCCAGAUAGACUGGCCCCCACUCCACCAGACUUUUGAAAUAAUUCUACUCAGUAACCUGUAGCAGGAGAACAAGCCCUUCUACUACCUGCCGUGACUGAAGCACAGACUCCUAACAGAAAUCACCCUUCAACCAACAGCCAGUGGCAGGAAAGGAAGCACACAGCCGUCUGGAUAGGGAUGCCUCUCCUGGCUCCCUGUGCUGCUUUGCCCGCGCCCCACCCCCAGCUUAAGCGAUGCCUCAGCCAGCUUCUAAUAAUCUAUUUUCAAAAAGGCAACUACCCAGAAAACAAGUUUUCCUUUGGUGUGAGAUUUCCUUCAGUGCAAUUUCUAAAGCGAAACAAAUUCUGUUGUAUUCUUUCACCACAGGAAAUGAUACUUCUCAGAGGCUCAGAGAGUGGAGCUGUGUGGUCUCCACAAUACUUAUGUGUCCACUUGGUGCCAACCCUCUUGGUUCCUGAAACCAACCUUUCUGCUCUCUUUACAACCAAAAUCCAUCAAUAAGGGACAGCAAACACACGCCACAAAGAGCCAUGUGAGACCUCAGUUAAGUCACAUCCAGAUGUCCUGAAGAAAAUGUCUCCUUUGCAAGAAAAAAUUGACUCCUGAGGUACGUAGGGACGUCACUCUGCUAUGCAGAUAAGGAGAUGGUGCCAAGGGCGCUCCCACAAGUAGGUUUCUUGGGGAGGCCAGAGACGUCAGAUCCUGACUGCUUGGUUUUGCUGAAGUUCCAAAACUUGUGAUUGGCAUUAUUAAGAGCUAUUAGAGUAGAAUGGAAAGAGCCAAUCAUGUAUGGUGGGGAAGUUAGGGAGGUACAUGGGAAAACUUGAGCAGGGCCCUGAAGAAACAGAUUUUUGGGAAGACAAGAGAAAGAAGGGAGAGCACCCUAACCAGAGAGCAACCAUAGGAAGCCAGGGAAUGGAGGAGGCACCGAGAACAGAGGCGCAGAGGACUAGAUGGGCACCCAAUGAGGAGCGUUUGGCUUGGCUAAGAUGUAGAAACAAACAGGCAGGAAAGGACCAAUCUGCAGAGUCCUGAAUACUAAGAGCCUAGAAACUUGGUUCUCUAAGCCAUGAGGGGUACAGACAGAAGUUUCAGAUCAGGGCACAUAUUUAGGAAAGACCGAUCCGGUCUCUUUAUGCACAUAAGAGAAGAUGGACAGGAGGACCAAUUAAUGUGGCUCCUGAAAAAAAAAUCUGGGAGAGAGGUGAAAUGGUGGGUGGGUGGGUACAGGGAAGCAAGGAAAAUGGAAAGAUUGUACCUGGAGAUAUUAAAAAAAUGGAUGGGACGUUUGUGACAAGACAAAAAUGGUGAAAGUUUGCAGUGUGGAGUUGAGAUGAUUAUAGUGGGCAACUGAAAGGGGCAGCUUAACGGGUAGAAGAGAGAAAUUCAGUUUUAGUGACAACAGGACAACCCAGCUGAGAUAUUCAGCACACGGCAGGACUGGGUUCUCUGGGAACUAGGCCAAGGUUAAAGACUUAGGCGUCACUCCCUCAGAGGAUGAAGAAUGGAUGAAUUUCUGAGGAGAUUAAGUUGAGGGCCCUCUCCACCAGCACAGGAUAAGGCAAAGGAGUUCUUAGAAGCCAGAACAGUUUGUCAGAGAACUCAAAAGAGAGGAAUUUCAAUUUGGAUGGUCAAUAGUGUCCAAUUCUAUCAAGGACAAGACUAAGCUCUGAGAACAAGCCAAUGGAUCUAGUGAUCUGAACCUCUGGAAAAACACUAUCAAUAGAAAGACAGGGACCAAAGUGAGUUUGUACAGGUUAUAAAGAAAAUGAAUAGCAAGGUAAUGGAAGCGACACUUACUGGAGACGCUGAACACAGAAUGAAUACCAAAUAGGAUGGAUAGGAGCAGGGGAAGUCUGGGCAUGCAGGAAGGAAGAAGGAAAGAUGCUAGUGCAGACAGGCACAAAUAGAAGACAUUAGAGAGGAGGG